AUGUCCUUCUUCUUUCGCAUGGCGUCGCGGCUGCGGCCGUCGACGCCGGAGGAGGUGGUCCGCUCCAUCAAGGACUCCUUCCUCGCGCUCCACACGCGGACCCACGCCAAGGCUCUGGAAGAGGUGGAGAAAAAUAUCUCGUCGUUGAGAUUGUUGAUCUUUGGUGAUGGAGAAGUAGAACCAAAUCAAGAGCAGGUCCUGCAAAUAACCCUUGAGAUUUGCAAGGAGGACGUCAUUUCCCUGAUCGUCCAGAAUCUGCCUUCCUUGGGUUGGGGAGUAAGAAAAGAUCUGGUUCUCUGCUGGGGCAUUUUGCUUAGGCAGAAGGUUGAUGAAACCUAUUGCUGCGUGCAGUAUAUUGAAAAUCAUCUGGAGCUUUUAGAUUUCCUUGUUGGUUGCUACAAGAACUUGGAUAUUGCAUUGAACUGUGGGAAUAUGUUAAGAGAAUGCAUAAAGUACCCUACACUUGCAAAAUACAUAUUGGAAUCUGGUAGCUUUGAGCUGUUCUUUGAGUAUGUUGAGCUGCCAAACUUUGAUAUUGCUUCAGAUGCUCUGAACACCUUCAAGGAUCUGCUUACCAAGCACGAAGAUGUAGUCGCAGGGUUCUUGAGUUCCCACUACGAGCAGUUUUUUGAACUCUACUCAAGGCUCUUAUCGUCAACUAAUUAUGUAACAAGAAGGCAGGCAAUCAAGUUCCUUUCAGAGUUUCUACUAGAGGCUCCUAACUCUCAAAUAAUGAAGAGAUACAUUGUGGAAGUUCGCUUUUUAAAUAUUAUGAUCAAUCUACUAAAGGAUUCAAGCAAAAAUAUCAGAAUAUGUGCCUUCCAUGUUUUUAAGGUAUUUGUUGCCAAUCCGAACAAGCCUCGGUGUAUCAUUGUAGCUUUGCUUGACAAUCGCAGGGAGGUUUUGAAGCUACUCCAUAAUCUUCCUACAAGUAAAGGCGACGAUGAACUUGAUGAGGAAAAAGACCUAAUCAUUCAGGAAAUCCAGAAGCUGGCAUAG